AAAGCCACCCUUUAAACGAAAAAAUAUAUAUAUUACAUAUUAAUAAUUGAAGAUAUAUUCGCUGAGUUUAUCAUCUGUCAGAGAUGAGUACUAGGCUAAAUGAGCACUAUGAGAAGAAGGUGCGUCCGCACAUCGACCUUACUGACUCCCUGCACGCUCUUGGUGUGGAGACGGAUCUCAAGUUGCCUGCCAUUGUGGUAAUUGGAGACCAGAGUUCGGGGAAGAGCUCGGUGCUGGAGGCCCUCUCUGGGGUCCCACUGCCAUGUGGGAGUGGUAUGGUGACAAGAUGUCCACUCAAACUCAAGAUGAAAAAGAGCAAAAAUGAAAGAUCGCAUGGAAAAAUUAGUUACAAGGAUAUUAAAGAAGAAAUACAAAAUUCAACAGAUGUGGAUAAAAUAAUCAGAAAAGCUCAGAAUGAAAUAGCUGGGGCUGUGGACAUCAGUCAUGAGCUUAUUAGCCUGGAGGUAACAUCACCCAACGUUCCUGACCUCACACUCAUUGAUUUGCCUGGUAUUGCCCAUGUGCCAAUGAAAGGUCAACGAGAGGACAUCAGAGAACAGAGUAAGAGCCUGAUUCGAAAGUUCAUCACAAAUCAAGACACCAUCAUUCUAGUGGUGAUGCCAUGUAACCUGGACAUUGCCACUACCGAAGCACUAAAGAUGGCUCAGGAAGUUGAUCCACAUGGCACGAGAACCCUUGUCAUCCUAACAAAGGCUGACCUGGUGGAUAGAGACAUGGAGGAGACAGUGAUGUCCAACAUCAAUAAUAAGUUACUUUCCCUCAAAAAAGGAUACAUGAUUGUCAGGUACCGAGGACAGCAAGAGAUCAACAAAAACAUCCCACUACAUGAAGCUGUUGAGAAGGAGAAGGACUUCUUUAUAAACCACCCACAUUUUCGGACAUUGUAUAAUGAGGGAAAAGCCACCAUUCCUAACUUGGCUGAGAAACUCACGCUCAAUCUUGUUGAUCACAUCAAGCAAUCUCUACCACAAAUAGAUGAGCAAAUCCAGAUUAAGUUGGUUGAAACUCAGGAGGCAAUAGAUCGCUAUGGGUUAGAAUGUCCUACAGAUCCAACAGACAAGAUGAUCUUCUUGACUGAUAAAAUAACAGCAUUUAUUCAAGAUGCUAUCAGCCUUACAACUGGAGAGGAGCUGAAAAGUCUGCGGCAUGUCAACAUCUUCUCACGUCUGAGGAAACACUUUGAUGAGUGGAAGAAAGAGCUAGAUACAUCAGGCAUGAAAUUUAAGGAGGUCAUUGAUGAGGAACUACAAUUGUAUGAGAAAAAAUACAGAGGCAGAGAGCUUCCAGGCUUCAUCAACUACAACACCUUUGAGAUGAUGUUUAGAACCCGGAUAAAGCAGCUGGAGGAACCUGCUGUUUUGAAGAUGAGGGAAAUCUCAGAUUUCAUUAUGGAGGAGUUCAUUCAGCUAGCUGAAGCCAGCUUUUUAAAAUUCCCAAAUCUUCUUAAAAUUACAAGGAACAAGAUUAUUAAAAUAAAGAAGAAAAAGGAGUUGGAGGCAGAAUCAAUGCUGCGGACUCAAUUUAAAAUGGAGCUGAUGAUCUACACCCAGGAUAGCAUAUAUAGUGAAAUCCUGAAGAUGCUGAAAGAGAAGUUGCAGGAGGACGAGAGAAAAGCUCAUGGCGUGCCUCGCUCUCAUAGUUAUUGUAUGUACAACCUCUCAGACAUUGAAGACGCCCUAGAAGAACUGACAACAAACCUCAUGGCCUACUACAGCAUUGUGAAUAGACGUCUGGCUGACCAGGUGCCACUGGUGAUCAGGUACAUGGUGCUUCAGGAAUCAGCCGCACAGCUGCAGAGAGAAAUGAUACAGCUCACACGGGACAAUGACGUUAAUUUUCUGCUGGAAGAAAUUGAUGACAACAAGAUCAAACUAGACAACCUAAAAAGACUCCAGAAUUCUCUGAAAGAGGCUCUAAAAAAAAGGGAUUAAGUGAUAGUCUUAAUUGUCAGUGCAAAUCUAUAAUCAAUAAUGGGGCAUUUUGAUUUGGGACAAAGGGUAUAACUGUCAAUCACAAUUAAAAAUACAUACUAUUAUGAUAAGAAAAAAAACCUUUAUGCAUUUAUUUACUUUAAAACUUGUUUUUAUUAUUUUAACUAUAAAUAUUUUAGUUAACAUAGCUAAUUAAAACAUUUUUGUU